UCCUUCCUUUUUUCCCUAUCUAACCUAAUCUCUCUCUUUUUCUCUUUUUUUUAAAAACUUUUACUUAACCCCCCCUUCUACUUUCUGACUCACCAAUUUCUCUUCCCAAAAAAAAACACUCCUCUUUUUCUCUCUUGUGUUCUUCUUGUUCUUCUUCUUAUUUCUUCUUCUGAUUUACUCUCAAAACAAAGAACCUAACAAAACCCACUUCAAAAAGCCUCACCUUUUAAAGCCCCCUUCACUCCCUCUUUGCUAUUUUCCAGAAAUUCCACUUCUUUCAUACAUAAAAAUUAGAUCUUUUUUUGCUUCUCUUCUUGAAAUAUUGUAAAUACCCUCCCCACCAAAAAAAAAGGAAAAAAAAAAUGUUGAAGAAAGACAUUAUUGCUCCUGAUCUUUCUCUUCAAAUUAGCCCUCCAAAAACAAAUCAAUCUCCUUCAUUUGAUAUUUGGCAACAAACUCAAGUACAGCAAGUCGACACCGAGCUUUCUCUGUCGAAUAAUUCGACGUCCGCGGUUGAUGUUUCGGCGGAUCGGUUCCGACCCAUUAGAGGGAUCCCAGUUUACAACAAUGGGUUGUUUUCUUCUUCAAGGUAUCUUAACCGAAACCAACUGACAUCGUUAUCGUCGUCGCCACCACCGUGUUUGAGUUUUAGGGCAUUUCAACAAGAAGAAGAGGAGGCAGUGGGGAGGUAUAAUGGGAUAAGAGUGGAGGGUUUGAGACACCAACAGCAAAAUAUUAUUACUCAUCAAAAUCAGAAUCAUCAGUUUGUUUUUCAAAAUCAACAAAGCCUUCAUUUUGGGUUUUCAGAUUUCUCUUGUAAUUAUAAUAAUAAUAAUAAUAGAUCGAGAUUGUUGAUGCCAAGGAUUCAAAGUCGAAGAAAUGCUAGGGCUCCAAGGAUGCGUUGGACUUCUUCUCUUCAUGCUCGUUUCAUUCGUGCUGUUGAACUUCUUGGUGGCCAUGACAGGGCGACUCCAAAAUCCGUGCUGGAGCUAAUGGAUGUCAAAGAUCUCACUCUAGCUCAUGUGAAGAGUCAUUUACAGAUGUAUCGUACUGUUAAAAACACCGACAAACAAACAGCUUCUUCAGGGUCUGGGGAAGAAGAUUUCUUGCCUGCUACACCAACCCCACAUCAUGAAGCAAACUGUUUGCUCAAUCAUAGAAGAGGGUUUAGUAAUGCAUCUUUGGAGCUUGAUGUUAAUGGAUCAACACCUUCCAUUAAUAACCACUGUAACUCUUCAAGAAGAGCAUGGGAGCAAGGCUCUCCAAGAAGUGCAAAUAUGUUUGGAUCAGAAAAUCAAUCAGAGGAAUGCUAUGAGUUAGGUCAUCCAAAUAGUUUGAUGGGGUUGAAUCUAAACUUGAACAAUCCAAGCAAGGAGUUAUCUAUGAAACAAAAUUGGCACAACUAAAUUCAACCUAAAAAAAACUCAUUUAAUUUCUUUCAAUAUAUAGAACUUAGCUAAUGGAAAUAUAUAUAAAAAAAUAUAUAUAUAAGUUAAAUAUAAAAUGAUGUCAAUUAAUAUAUAUUAUGUAUAGUUGUUGAAGAUGCAUAUUAAUCUAUAUUUCUUUCCUUACACCUUUUUUUUCCCUUUUCUAAAGUUGUUUCUCUUGUGAUUGAUGUUUAGUCACUGCAUCAAGGUGUUUGAAAAAGGGAAAAAGAGGUAGAAUAAUUUUGGUAGUGGAUUAUGUGGAAUAUAAGGAAUUGGAUUCUCUUAUUUGUAUUUACAUAAACUUUUUGUUUGUUCUUGGUGAUUUUAUUUUAUUUUUAUUGAA